AUGACGGCGCAAAAGUCGAUUCUCUCCGCCUCACACGACGGGAAUCUCAGUUUCUGCCGUCGCACUAGGCAAUCGGCCAUGGCGGCGGAAGACUCAGGGAAGACGCCUUCCGUCGAGAAUAUUUUCACCGGCUUUCGCGACUCUAGGCGUUUCGAUUUCUCAUUAGCUGAUCCUACUCCUUCAACACUUACUCUCUCCCCCGAUCAGCUCAACUUCUGCCACAAAGCUCUCGGGAUCUUCCGGGAAAAAAUCGUAGAUCCCGGCUCGAUUGCUCUUGAGUUUGGCAAUUUGCAGGCUAAUAGGAUGCUGUCAUCGGAGAUGCAGCUAAGCUGUACAGUGGCUAUGAACAGUGACAAUCUUGGGAAGAACAGAUACACAGAUGUUGUGCCAUUUGACAAGAAUAGGGUUGUUCUGAAUCCAUCCAAAGACUAUCGAUCAUCUGCAAAGGGAUAUAUCAACGCAAGCUUCAUUAAGGUGACGUCGUCGUCGUCGUCUGAGAGUAUUUCUCAGUUCAUAGCUACACAAGGUCCUUUACCACACACGAUGGAGGACUUCUGGGAGAUGGUAAUACAGCACCAUUGCCCAAUCAUAGUGAUGCUCAGUCGAUUGGUCGACAAUCAUAAGACUGUUAAAUGCGGAGACUAUUUUCAAGCCGAAGAUGGGCCUAGAAAAUUUGGCAAGAAAUCUAUUGUGACGAAGUGGAUAAAGACCACUGACACUUCACUAGUCCUGCGUAAUCUUGAGGUCAACUGUUUACUUCAGACAGAGGAACAUCCUAUGUCCAUUUUGCAUAUCCAGUAUCCGGAAUGGCCUGAUAAUGGUAUUCCCAAUGAUACUGUGUCUGUCCGUGAAAUUAUAAAAAGACUGUAUCAAGUACCGCCUAGACUCGGCCCAAUCAUUGUGCACUGCAGUGCAGGUAUAGGAAGAACAGGAACAUAUUGUGCGAUACAUAACACAAUCCAGAGAAUCCUUGCUGGCGAUAUGUCUGCGUUGGAUCUUGCUAAAACCGUGGCAAUGCUCCGCGACCAACGCAUUGGCAUGGUUGAAACCAUGGAUCAAUACUUGUUUUGCUACAAUGCUAUUGUUGAUGAACUAAAAGAUCUAACCGUGGGGACAAAUGCUGGAACGAGUCUUUUCUCUCCGCCUCACACGACGGGAAAUCUCACUUCCUGCCGUCGCGCUAGAUCCCACCGGCAAUCCGUCAUGGCGACCGCUAACUCCGGCAAGUCGCCUUCCGCCGCGAAUCUUUCCACCGGCUACGGCGACUCUAAGCGUUUCGAUUUCUCAUCCGCUGAUUCGCCUCCUUCAAAGCUCUCUCUCUCUCCCGACCAGCUCAGCUACUGCCACCGAGCUCUCGAGGUUUUCAGGGGAAAAAUCGUAGAUCCCGACUCUAUCGCUCGUGAGUUUGCCAAUUUACAGGCUAAUAGGAUGUGGCCGUCGGAGUUGCAGCUAACCUGUACAGUGGCUAUGAACAGUGUCAAUUCUGAGAAGAACAGAUACUCAGAUGUUAUGCCAUUUGACAAUAAUAGGGUUGUUCUGAAUCCAUGCAAAGACUAUCGAUCAUCUGCAAAAGGAUAUGUCAACGCAAGCUUAAUUAAGACUUCGUCGUCCUCUGAGAGUAUUUCUCAGUUCAUAGCUACACAAGGUCCUCUCUCACACACGGUGGAGGACUUCUGGGAGAUGGUAAUUCAGCAGCAUUGCCCUGUCAUAGUGAUGCUCACUCGAUUGGUCGACAAUCAUAAGACAGAGGACAAGCCCAUGUCCGUCUUGCAUAUUCAGUAUCCUGAAUGGCCUGAUCAUGGAGUUCCCAGGGAUACUGUGGCUGUCCGUGAGAUUCUAAAAAGACUGUAUCAAAGAAUUCUUGCUGGCGAUAUGUCUGCUUUGGAUCUUGCUAAAACCGUGGCAAUAUUCCGCAGCCAACGCAUUGGCAUGGUUCAGACCAUGGAUCAAUACUUCUUUUGCUACAACGCCAUUGUUGAUGAAUUAGAAGAUCUAACCGCGGGGACAAAUACUGGAACGAGUUCAUAA